CUGAACAAAAGCAAUGGGGAGGCACUCAAAUCAAUGAAAUUAACCAGAUAAUUAGGAUAUAAAUACCAUUCUAGACUUGAAAAUUAUGCAUGCUCUUGUAUACAAUUAAUAGGAUAGUGAGUCAUCAACUUUGUAAGUCAGGCACUUGUGUUCAACUCACUGAGCAAGAUGGGAAAUUUGUGUUUGUUUUAUCUUUUGAUAUGCAUGGUUUUCCCUGUGCUUGGCCAGGGAGGACUAAAAACAGGGUUUUAUUCAUCUUCAUGCCCAAAUGCAGAGUCCAUAGUAAAGUCAACCGUUCAAGCAGAGUUUAAUAAAGAUCCUACAAUUGCUGCUGCUUUACUUAGGCUUCAUUUCCACGAUUGCUUUGUUCAGGGUUGUGAUGGUUCUGUUUUGAUCUCUGGAACUUCGGCAGAGAGAAAUGCAGUGACUAAUACGGGACUCAGAGGAUUUGAGGUGAUUGAUAAUGCAAAAACACAGCUUGAAACUUCAUGCCCUGGUGUUGUCUCAUGUGCUGACAUUCUAGCGUUAGCAGCUCGUGACGCAGUAGAUUUGAGUGGAGGUCCAAGCUGGGGAGUACCCACUGGAAGAAGAGAUGGUAGGAUCUCUUCAUCGUCAGAAGCCUUGAACUUACCUUCACCAUUGGAUACAAUUGACCUCCAGAGGAACAAGUUUGCAGCUAAAGGCCUAGAUGAUCAUGAUCUUGUCACCCUUGUUGGGGCACAUACAAUUGGCCAGGCAGAUUGCAGAUUCUUUAGUUAUAGACUAUACAACUUCACAAGAACUGGAAAUGCAGAUCCAAGUAUAGACCAAGCAUUCUUGGGACAACUACAGACUGUAUGCCCCAAAGGCGGUGAUGGAUUGAAGAAGGUAGCUUUAGACAAGGACAGCCAGUUGAAGUUUGAUGUUAGUUUCUUCAAGAAUGUAAGGAAUGGAAAUGGGAUUCUUGAGUCAGACCAGAGGCUGUUGGGUGACCCUUCCACAAAAGAUAUACUGGAGAAGUAUGCAGGGACUUUACGGGGAUUGUUGGGUUUAAGAUUCAAUUUUAACUUCCAAAAAUCUAUGAUCAAAAUGAGUAGCAUCGAGAUUAAGAGUGGCAAUCAAGGGGAGAUUAGAAGAGUAUGUUCCAAGUUCAACUAAGAAGCUACUAUAUAUGUAGUCUCUGCUCAACAUAUGUCUCAAGUAGCUAGAUCCUUGCCUACCUGUGUUUAUAUAUUUUAUGGUAUGAUGGAGAUUAGUCACGUGAAUAAUUAUAUAAAAGCUCGCAAUUACUAUCACAA